AAUAGCGAAGCCGGAGAAUGCUUGAUUGCAACGAGGUUCUAAUAUCCGUGAUUCUCACCCUUUAACGCGUUUGAGGGAGAAAGCCUUUCUCUCCUCCGCUUCUCUUUUAUUCACCGUCACUGCCGUAGCCGUCGCCAGCACACCAUCGCCGCCAGUUAGACAGAAGGGGUUCCUUUGCAUCAUGGAGCGCAGGACAAUUGACUUGGACCAAGGAUGGGAUUUUAUGCAGAAGGGUAUCACAAAGCUGAAGAGUAUUCUGGAAGGAUCACUAGAGCAAUUCAGUUCUGAAGAAUAUAUGAUGCUUUACACAACUAUAUACAAUAUGUGCACCCAGAAGCCGCCUCAUGAUUAUUCUCAGCAGCUUUAUGACAAGUACAGGGAGGCCUUUGAAGAAUAUAUUCACUCUACGGUGCUGCCAUCUAUAAGGGAGAAGCAUGAUGAGUUUAUGCUGAGGGAACUCGUGAAAAGAUGGUCUAACCACAAAAUUAUGGUUAGGUGGCUUUCACGCUUCUUUCAUUAUUUGGAUCGCUACUUUAUUGCUCGGAGGUCACUUCCUGCACUUAAUGAAGUUGGGCUGACUUGCUUCCGUAGCCUGGUUUAUAAGGAAGUAAAUCAAAAAGCUAGAGAAGCUGUGAUUGUUCUUAUUGAUAAAGAACGCGAAGGGGAGCAGAUUGAUAGGGCCUUGUUGAAGAAUGUUUUAGAUAUAUUUGUUGAGAUCGGGAUGGGCGUAAUGGAUUGUUACCAAGAAGAUUUUGAAGUACACAUGCUUCAGGAUACUGGUGCAUACUAUUCUCGUAAGGCAUCUAACUGGAUUUUGGAGGAUUCUUGUCCAGACUACAUGUCGAAGGCUGAGGAAUGUUUGAAAAAGGAGAGGGAUAGAGUUUCUCAUUACUUGCAUUCAAGCAGUGAGCCAAAGUUAGUGGAGAAAGUGCAACAUGAAUUAUUGGUGGUCUAUGCAAACCAACUGCUUGAAAAGGAGCAUUCUGGAUGUCAUUCGUUGCUUAGAGAUGAUAAGGUGGACGAUCUUUCAAGGAUGUAUAGGCUUUACCAUAAAAUACCAAAAGGCUUGGACCCUGUUGCUGCUAUUUUCAAGCAGCACAUUACUGCUGAAGGGACAGUCUUGGUCCAGCAGGCCGAAGAUGCUGCAAGUAACCAGGCUGCAAAUGGUGGUGUACAGGAACAGGUCCUAAUCAGAAGUAUAAUUAAUUUGCAUGACAAGUAUAUGGCAUAUGUGAAUGAUUGUUUUCAAAAUCACACGCUCUUUCACAAGGCCAUGAAAGAGGCUUUUGAGAUAUUCUGUAAUAAAACAGUAGCCGGCAGUUCAAGUGCAGAACUACUGGCAACUUUCUGCGAUAAUAUCCUCAAGAAGGGUGGAAGUGAGAAACUGAGUGAUGAAAUCAUUGAAGAAACACUGGAGAAGGUGGUAAAAUUGCUGGCAUAUAUCAGUGAUAAGGACCUUUUUGGUGAAUUCUACAGGAAGAAGCUCGCUCGUCGUCUUCUUUUUGACCGGAGUGCAAAUGAUGAUCAUGAAAGGAGUAUUCUUACAAAACUGAAACAGCAGUGUGGUGGGCAGUUCACUUCUAAGAUGGAGGGGAUGGUCACUGAUUUAACACUUGCAAGGGAAAAUCAGGCUAGCUUUGAGAAAUAUCUUGGCAAUAACCCGAAUGCACAUCCAGGGAUUGAUUUAUCUGUCACUGUUCUUACAACUGGAUUUUGGCCAAGUUAUAAAUCGUCUGAUCUCAAUCUUCCUGCAGAGAUGGUCAAGGGUGUAGAAAUUUUCAAGGAAUUCUAUGACCAAAAAAGUAAGCACCGAAAGCUUACGUGGAUCUAUUCGUUGGGGUCCUGCCAUCUUAAUGGCAAGUUUGAGCAAAAACCUAUAGAGCUGAUUGUGUCUACCUACCAGGCUGCUCUCCUGCUGCUUUUUAACUUAUCAGAUAGACUUAGUUAUUCUGAGAUUAUGACUCAAUUAAACUUGACCCAUGAUGACUUGGUUAGAUUGCUUCAUUCCUUGUCUUGUGCCAAGUACAAGAUACUUCUUAAGGAACCCAACACAAAGACCAUUUCACAGACAGAUUACUUUGAAGUGAACCAUAAGUUCACAGACAGAAUGAGGAGAAUCAAGAUUCCUCUCCCGCCAGUAGAUGAAAGAAAGAAGGUUGUUGAAGACGUUGACAAGGACAGGAGAUAUGCUAUUGAUGCUGCAAUUGUGCGCAUAAUGAAGAGCCGGAAAGUUUUAGGCCAUCAACAGUUAGUCUCAGAGUGUGUUGAGCAGUUGAGUCGUAUGUUCAAGCCUGACAUUAAGGCAAUCAAGAAGCGAAUGGAAGAUUUGAUCACCCGAGACUAUUUGGAGAGAGACAAGGACAACCCAAACACAUUUAGGUACUUGGCGUAAUUCAAGUAGCAGUACAGUUCUGGCCUUAGGAUCAGAAAGAGAGUAUACAGUUGACUUUCCAAUUUGAGAAUUGCUGUAAAUGAUUUGUAGCAGGCAGACAGCCCCCCCUUGUUUAGUGACACUAGGGUUGAAAAAGGGUAUCAAAGAAUUUUUGAAGAUGUAUAUUUCUGUAAACUGCUCUCCCUCCUUAAACGCAGUUUUGGGCAAUAGUGAUCCACCUAACAUUUCACGAGGAAAUAUUAAUUAAUAGGAUUUAUUUAUUUUCUAA